AUGGCAGACAGAGGCGGAGCAGCAGGCGCUGGCGGCGCUCGUGGCGGUGGAUUCGGUUCGCGUGGCGACCGUGGCGGCGACCGUGGCCGUGGAGGAGACCGUGGCCGUGGUCGUGGACGUGGUCGUGGCCGCGGUGCGAAGAGCGACGAGAAGGAAUGGGCUCCCGUCACCAAGCUCGGCCGUCUCGUAAAGGCCGGCAAGAUCAAGAGCAUGGAGGAAAUCUACCUGCACUCGCUCCCUAUCAAGGAGUACCAGAUUGUGGACUUCUUCCUUCCAGGUCUCAAGGACGAGGUCAUGAAGAUCAAGCCCGUCCAGAAGCAGACCCGUGCUGGUCAGCGCACUCGCUUUAAGGCUAUCGUCGUUAUUGGUGACAGUGCUGGACACAUCGGUCUGGGAAUCAAGACCAGCAAGGAAGUCGCCACUGCCAUUCGCGCCGCUAUCAUCAUUGCCAAGAUCAGUGUCGUCCCCAUUCGUCGCGGAUACUGGGGCACCAACCUCGGUGACCCUCACUCCAUCCCCGUCAAGGAGAGCGGAAAGUGUGGUUCCGUCACCGUUCGUCUCAUUCCCGCUCCACGUGGUACCGGUUUGGUCGCCUCCCCAGCCGUCAAGCGUCUACUCCAGCUUGCCGGUGUCAGCGACAUCUACACCGCCUCCUCCGGAUCCACCAAGACCCUCGAGAACACCCUCAAGGCCACCUUUGUUGCCAUCACCAACACCUACGCAUUCCUCACUCCCAACUUGUGGAAGGAGACCAAGCUCAUCCGCUCCCCACUCGAGGAGUACAGCGAUGUUCUCCGUGAGGGCAAGCGCUACUAG